AUUGGGUCGAUGCCUGCCAACAUAAAUAAGGACAUUCCUUAAUGAGCGGGCCAACCGUCUAGCUACAAUGAGUUAAAUGACUCACAACUGAAACCGUUGAGUCAUUCCGGCUCAAUGGAUAGACUUCCUCCGGCGGGAACAUGGUUCAAUCGUUCACAACAAUCGCGAAGGAAAUUUAAGAGACGGUCGAAAAUGCGUAGGGUAUCUAGAUAGUAUUGGUGCAGAGAUUAAGUUUGUAUUUGAGCAAUACUGGCCUGUGUCAAGUCGACGAACGGAGUCGUCCUCAAGGCCGACGCGACUUUGGCCUGCCUUUUCUGGGCAAGCGAGACUGGUGUGCCCGUUUUUGAGUUUCCAAAAACCGUGAACGUACCCUCACCGUCUUCCCAUCUCCAAACUUCCUAUCAUGCCUAAACGCAAGCAAACGAAUACAAAUGAUCAAGAAGGCGAUGAUAGCGACGUGUAGAGUCUCGUGGAUGUGGACUUCGAGUUUUUCGACCCACACCCAGACGUGGACUACCUUGCGUUGAAACGUCUUGCAACACAAUUAUUUCAGGGCGAUGCAGAGAAGCUGCCUAUCGCUGAUCUUGCAGACCUGGUUCUCGGUCAGCCCCUUGUAGGAACAACUGUGAAGUGCGAUGGCAAGGAGAGCGAUCCGUACGCUUUCCUGACUGUGCUCAAUAUGCACGUCCACCAGAACCGACCAUUCAUCAAAGCCAUCACUGAAUAUGUUCUGGGCAAAUCCUCAGCAGACUCGAACCUACAGGGAACGCUUCAAAAUCUUUUGGGCCCUGCCGGCCUAAAAUCCCAAAAUCACGUCGGUUUUGUGUUUUCUGAGCGACUUAUCAACAUGCCUGUUCAAGUGGUACCACCAAUGUACCGGAUGCUGGCUGAUGAAAUCAAAUGGGCCAUCGACGACAACGAACCAUAUAAGUUCACCCACUUUCUCUUUAUCUCAAGAAUAUAUCGUCUCUCGCCUGAAGAGGCCGCGGAGCUUCAUGCCAGAGCCCCACGCACAAAACGGCAUAAAGGUGUACCUCCGCCAACGGCAGGUGGCGUGUUUUCAUUCCACCCCGAGGACGAAGUUAUUCAGAAGUUUGCGACACACACGCUUGACUAUUCCUUUACGAACGCGCAGCCCAGAGAGCAAGAUUCAUUCGGGUUAGACGUUGGCGGCAGGAUGAUGCUAGUUCCAGCAGAUCGGCUUUCAAACCUUGUUGCAACUCUGAAUGAAACAUUUGCACCUCCGUCGUAGACAUGUAAUCCAGGGUAACAACAGUAACACAGUAAAACAGAAAGCAAUUAUAUACAAAAACCUAAAAGUACUGCUCUCAACACCAAAUAAUGUCCGACCACGUUUACACCUAUCGUGAAGGAAUACCCAUCUUCAGCAACGCUCCAACAACAUCAACAUCCGCCCAUCGCGAACUUGAGGCACCAUCUGCAGCUUCACUAGCAGCAACCUUCAUGCUUUGGAUAUAGUGCAGGGUAUUUCGGAAGUGCCGGUUGAUCAUUUCAGGAGUCUGUACA